AUGCCUGCUUUCCCUGGGCAUGCAGGCCCUCAGUUACCGGAGUUGCUGGUUCCACGCCAACAGUUGCCCCCGGAUCAAAUGCUCCCUAUGACUGAGAAGGCUUUCGAAUUCGCCUCACUGCAUCUGAUCGUCUCUCUGGUCUGUCAGAUCAUCGCGGUUCUUGUCUUCUGCGCAAGAGUAUACACGCGAGCAUGUCCAAUCUGGAGGUUCUCCAUGGACGACUAUAUAAUUUGUUUUGCCUUUUCUCUAAUGACGGUUGCCUUUGGUUUAUGGUACAAAUGCGACCUCUGGGCAUUUUCAAGCGAACCUCCCCAUCUUCGUCAUAUCGACGACGUAAUAUAUACCUCGAUGCUGGGCGCCAUCGCAGUACCCUUCUGGGCCUGGUCGACUGGCCUGGUAAAGAUAAGCAUCGGCAUCAUGCUCCUUCGAUUUCAGCAGCAGAAGCCUCUGAGAGCCGUCAUAUACCUGAUGAUCGCGCUUAAUGUCCUCCUGAUUGUCCUCGUCGGACUCGUUCAACUGUUCGCCUGCAUCCCAUAUUCAGCCUUGUGGGACUUCAAGAACCGAAUCAAGAGUAAGAAAUGCUGGACGCAAGAGUUGAACUGGGCCAUGAUUUAUUCGUCCUCCGUCUGCAACGUCUUGACAGAUGUCGUCUUCAGUCUGAUGCCGCUUAGUUUUCUGUACAAGAUCCGACGACCCCUGUGCGAGAAAGCGACGGUCGGAGUACUGAUGGCCCUGGGCCUCGUGGCCUCGGCAUUCUCAUUGAGCAAGGCCAUUGUCAACGGUCGUCUUAUGAAGAGCUCGGACGCAGGUGGAAGUCUCAUUUUACUCGGCCUCCUGUCUUCCCUCGAAGUGCAGACAUCGCUCAUCGCUGCCUGCGCUCCCACGCUCCGCAGCUUGGCCAGGCGCUUCCUGCAGCGCAUGGGACUCGCGCACGAGAGUCGUGAUUCCUCGCCGCCGGCAUAUGCGGAGACGGUGCCAGACGCAAAAGAUCGCACCAGCGGCAUUGUGGAGCUCAAUCCAGUCCAUCGGAAGGACUCUCUCUUCCCCGCGUCCCCAGCGUCCCGAUCGGCGAUGUCGUCCCCGUAUGCAGAGUGGGACGCCGAGAUGGCCGAGCAAGAACACGAUUUGAACGAGGCGCGAUACGAGCAAGAUCCGGCAACCGGCCGGAUAGUGUGCACGACGGAGCUGAAGAUCCAUACAAGUCGGACCUACCUGCACGAUGACUACAGGCAGCACGAGGGCUGGGCCAUGGAGGAUGCCUGGAGGAGUCGGAUUGGGGUCGCACGAUAA